GCAACCAUGCCUGCUUCGUUCUCCCUACCAUCCAUCCAUCCAUCUGUGCACAAGUAACCAACCACACACAGCUUGUAGUUUGUGGCAACGAGGAGCGAGAUGAGGUCUGCUCUCCUCUCACUAUGUUUUCACUUGGCCCUUGCACUCACACUGGCUGCAACUGUUCCUGGCCUUGCUUGUGCUAGGGUGAUCGACCGAAAACCACGCCCCCAGCCAACUCCACAGCCCAAACCAAAACCUGAUCCCAAGCCAGAACCCAGACCAACACCGCAGCCUGAUCCAAAACCGGAACCGCAGCCUGAACCAAAGCCGGAACCACAACCAGAUCCAAAGCCUGAACCCAAACCAGCACCACAGCCUGGCCCAAAGCCGGAACCGCAACCUGAUGAUCCAAACCCCGCACCACAACCUGACCCAAAGCCUGAACCCAACCCGAAACCCGAGCCGCAGCCUGAUCCAAAUAACCCCACUACACAGCCUGGCUUAAAACCGGAACCCCAACCAGCAGAGCCAGAGCCUAAACCCGAACCUGAUGAACCAUCCAAACAAGAGCCAGAGCCCCAGCCAAGCCACAAACAAACACCUGAUGAGCCAGAACCAUCAAAGCAGGAGCCAACACCACGCGUUGGCACGGGCACCAUGGAAGGGAACAACUGAGAGGACAAUGCCCCUGUGACCAAUGUGCAUGUCCAACCUAUCUACCUAGCUCUUGGCUAUGACCAAGCAAUGGAAUAGUGUUUGUGUAAAACUCAGCUAUUUACAUGUGUGUAGCAUUACUGUAUGCUGUUUGCAUUGGCAUAUAUAUGCAUGCUAUGCUAAGUUUGUGUACCAUCAAUAAAUAGAAGAAACAAGUAUUAUAUAUAUGUGUUGUUGCCACAUU